CUUUGAAUAAUUCUGUUUCUGAUUCAAUCAUUGUAGAUUUAGUAGUAUCAACAUUUAUGUAACAGAGAAGAUCAACAGAUGGAAAAAGAAAAUGAUUUGUCUACUAAUCCUGUAGGCCACGAUCAUCAAAAAUGACGGAGUUUCUGUGGGAUCUCGGUAUCCCUGGGGUGCGCAUCCCCGCGCUCACUCUAAAAAAAGACCACAAGGAGGAUGACGAGCCGCGUCCGCCAGUCCUGCCCUUUCUUAAGGCUCACAACAAUUCAUCUUAAGAAGCAUCUUUGAGCCCUCUGGUUGUUACGGGGAGAACACGCCAAAGAUGCACCUACAGAUGAAUAUAUGGAAGGUCUAAUUUUCCUGGCGUGGAGCCCGCACUCGAACAGAGCAUGGCAGAAAUGCAAGUCGGAGACCUAUUAGGCUUUGGCUUUCGCGUAGUGGAAGCAAGUGAAGCACGAGAAGCGCCUGCAGACCGGUUUCUAGCGUCGACGCUGCACGAUUUCUAUCUGGAUAAAGUGCCGGGCUUGAAGUGCAAAGACGUACUUCAAAAAUGUCCUCUUCUGUGUACUUAUUUUCAGAUGAUCCAUCUUCUCGGGUUCUCGUCUCUGAAGAUGCCCGUUUUCAUCUACAUCUUCCCUCCCACAGAUAACUCUCGGGAAGCGCAUGGAUGACCCUGUAGGGGAAGGCGAGUAUGAGGUGAAUUCGGCUGAUAUUUCCUCGUCAAGCCACUCUGAAGAAGAGCCUAUUGGCGAUGGUAGUGAUGGUAGUGAUUCCUCCACAGAGCAACGGCGGAGAAGGGAGGAUAUCAACUCUUUGAUGGGCACCAGCGAUGAUUAAGGUCAACAUUUAGUGUCCCUCUUUCUCGGCAUCUCGGUACCCUUUUCCCUGGUAUUCUUCCUAUGUAUGAAUUACUGCAAGGGUAGGAAAGGGGUCAAGAUGAGGGGGCCGAGAUGCAAUCUCGCAGACUCUAAGAUGAGGGCAGUUCAUGGCGCGGCGAUCACAUGAGCGAACGAGAUGCGGGGUUGGCUCCCGAAGAUGCCGCCACCGCCGACUACUAUCCUGAAGAAAAUGGACCUCGUCCAGCACAUGCGCGUCCAGAUGUGGAGCUGAUGCGGCGGGUCAGAGGGCGUGUGUAUCUCCAUCCAGCAGGCUUCGAAAUUUUGGGUUUGGCGUCCUCAGUCAGUGUGCACAUUGAUGAGGAUGUGUCAAUAACGAAAGCAAGUGGGCAUCCUUUGCAUAGACAGAAGAUGCUGGCGAAUUUGAUGUCGCACGACGAUAUCAUACUGCAUUAUGCUGGUAGAAGGGAUAAUGACAUCAAUCGCAAAUGACAAUCGCAAAUGGAUUAGACUUGCAACUGCAAAAAUGCAACCUCCUAUUGUAAUUCAUCUUCCCCCGUUACAGAUCUAGUUGUAUCAAGAACCCUAAACCCUAAACCCUCUAACCCAGACGCCGCAACAGCAACGAUCCUUGCACAGACGCAGAAAGGCGAUAUCCGAAGUCCGCUAUCAACGCUCUCAACCGGUUCGAGGAAGAGUGUGAGGACUACGUCAUAGCGGAUCCGAAGGAGAUAAAGGAGCGCACGGAUACAGCCUUCCAACCACUCAACGACGCGUUGGCGAAGCUUUUUGACAUGGACGAAUUUCAAGGGAUGAGCCAUAGUUUAUGAUCGGGAUUAUUCUGGAGAAGCAUCGUCUGAGACUCUUUGAUUCGUGUCUUUGAUUCGUGGUUACCCUUGACUGUCUCCUUCUCCUUCUAGGUAUAAUCUAAGAUCAAGAGUUUGAGUCCUGCGGGAAAGUAGCUGCUAUAGGCCUAUUAGGGACGGAUGCACAGAAUUAUAGUUUGAGAUUGAGUUCUAUAUUUAUAGUAGCAUUUUUCCCUGCUGGGCUAAUACGGGAGUCGUCCUCGUAGACGGCUGCCAUCAGGGCUCUACGGUGAUCAAGAAGGAUCAUGACAGAGACACACACAUGACAUACCUUCCUCUUUCAUAUCCCACCCCCGGCCGCAGCAUCACAGCCACCAUUGUGGUUCCAGUUUUGCGUGUUACUUUCGACCCGACGUUGGAUACCGCAGAUAGGCUAGUGGCAGAAAAUCUAGUGCAAGUGCCGUACUUCUGUGACGGGGUCAUCUUGGGAGCAAAGCGAAGGAUAAGAAUACAGCAAUACAGUACUUACCCGAAAAGUCCUUCAGGAUUUGAUAUGAACGAGCAUUUCUCGACAGUCAGACAGCACUGUCAAGAACAAGGAAGAGACGCGACGAUAUCGACGCCACGUAUUGAUGUUGAUACUUGGAUCUUAUUUGUCUAUCCUUGAGUGUAAGUAGUUGUUCUAUUCACACCGAUUGAGUGAAUGUUUCUCGAAGCCACAAUAAAUUUGACAUGAUCUUCAACAACAUAAUCAUAAUUGCCUCCGUGGACAUUCUUCAAGGAAUAAUUAUUUCUAGGUUCUUCUUUCCGUUCUGGUCGGGCUGGGCCAUUAGGGUUUCCGCCUGAAGUGCACGAAGCCGCUGCUCCUGGUCCUCGUGAAGUUGACGUCUUUUUUGAGUCUGAGUGCCUACACAUAACGGUGGAACUCCUCCAUGGCGAAACCCUUCCGAAAUUCGACCAUAGUGGCGACUUCUUGGCGUGGCUCAAGGACUGGUCCAGUACGAAAAUUUACGACGAGACGCACUUGUGGAAACCAUUACUGGUCAAUGUCCUUCAUACGGAUUCGAUGAUCCAGAGGCUUUUGUUGAGGCAUCAGGUGCCUGCCGAAAGCCCUCAUCACAUCCCGCAGUACUGCCUUGGCUGUCGUUGUGGACGCAAACUGAUCCAUUGGAACCUGGACUUGUAUAGAGCGAGUCGAGCUCUGCCACCGCGAUAUGAGUACAUGGUAGACCGCUCUUGCUGUCCGGACCCGAUCGAGGAGCACACUGUCAUCUACUUCUGUCCGAGCUUCUGCUCUUUCUACUCCUGCUCACAGAAAUCUCAUGAAGAACGACAGCGAGUGACCGUAAGUGAAAAGCUAACGGAACGAGUGGAAGAGAUAAAAGCGCACUUGCUGCGACAGGCGAAAGCUAGAGCACGAGCAGCGAAAUUGAAUUAUGAAGAGGGUGAAUCAUUAAAGUAGAGGGUGGAUGAAAGUUGUAAUCCUAAUUGAUACAUAGUUGGCCUGUAUGUUAGUGGAGGUAGUGGGCACCUACAUGAGUUCUGCUCGAGUAGAAGUAGUUCCCUGCACUUUUGAAAGGUUUGUCGAGCGCUGCCAGUAUCAUAGAAAUACUGUCAGACCACGGCGCUACGGUCGUCAUGAACGAUGGCUACAGGGACAACAGCAUGCAUAUUGCGACUAGUAGGAGAAGUACGCCAGCAGGUGAAAAAAAGAGUAGAGACUUCUGCCACACGAUAUCGAUCAUUUCGUGUUGCUAUAAUUACACAGUAUGAUGUUGAGUUUCAACUUCUAACACCCGAACUCGAUGAAAGUCGGUCUAAUGGGAAAAUUUGGAAUGGGAGGCAAAAUGCUGAACAUCGCGGGCGCUCAUUCCGCCGUACCACCUACCGGCUCACCCAUUGGUCCAGACACUAGCAUACUGGCAAAUCUACGCGGUGGCCCUUCACCCAACAAGAACGAGGAUAGGCAGCAACCCACUGGUAUCUAUCUGUCAGAGGAAGCGUUAGAUAGCCAUCCAGAUGCCACCUACUUGAACGUUCCAGGCAGAGGGGCACUAGUUCCUCCUACCUUGGAUAACAACACAAUUGGCGCAGCGACGCAUCUGCUGAAUACUGAGAAACCACUGGCAGCUUUGGCACGUACUAUGCCUGGGUCACCUAGCAUGAUCUGCAAGACGAUCAUUCCACGUGGUUUAGAAGCGGCGAAGGAACGACGAAUUCCUUUAAUAGUGUGGGGUAGUAUCAAACUUCAACCGAAAGGUCGUGAUGAGGUGCUAGAAGAAAACGCUGCCAAUCUAGAACGAGUCCAGAAAGCAAAGAUGCUGUUGUCGAGGCAAGCAUUAGGCUUGCCGGUUCCGAAGUCGUGCAUGUCGAUAGUGCCUGCUGCUAAUAGAAGAGAAAUGCUGGCUGCGGGAGUUCUCGGAUUUUCUUCAUUGGAUUUGCUAGACGAGGAGGAUCAAGCAAAAAAGCAGAGGGACGAAGGAGGAGAAGGAGGUAGAGGACUAAGUCAGAGGACUAGCACAUUUUCUUGGAGGACUAGCACAUGUUGGCUUUUUCUUGGAGGACUAGCACAUUUUCUUGGAGGACUAGCACAUGUUGGCUUUUUCUUGGAGGACUAGCACAUUUUCUUGGAGGACUAGCACAUGUUGGCUUUUCCUUGGAGGACUAGCACAUUUUCUUGGAGGACUAGCACAUUUUCUUGGAGGACUAGCACAUUUCCUUGGAGGACUAGCACAUUUUGCUGGAGUUCCUUCAGUAUGUUCCUCCUGAUGAAGGUUCAUCACAGAUAAAAUGCAUCAAGAAUAUCAACAUCAUUCUUCAACAUUAAUCCGAAACCGAUUCUGAAAUGUACAAGAACCAGAUGUAGAUUUCACUGUCGAAGAGUUUCUUCAUGAUCUUCGUGUUGUUCCUCCUAGUAUAAAUAAAAAUCUAAAAUCCAAAAAAUCCUUAACACUAACACAAUCUAGACGGCGGACGAAAAAACAAAGUUGCCGAUGGGGAGGAGAAGAAUUUCAAACCGCUAUCUUUGAUGAUUCUGGGUACCUUGUCACGCGUAUUUGACGUGGAGAUGAAGAAUUUACGACUAGGCUUGCAAAUCAGGAAGCCGACGGAUGAGAAUCUGCUGUUCUGGGUACUUCUUCUACUGCUUCUACCUCGUGAUAGUGUUUCUUCCACCAAGUACUUGAUUCUACUAGAAGAGAACUCUAUAAUUUCCGUCGACUUCUGAUCAUGUCUUUUAGUAGGGAAGAAGCAUCUAGUCCUACCGAAAAGAAAACCUCAAGCUCAACUUUUUCAUCAAGACAUAGACCACAACCACAUCGAUCAUUACCGCUACCAGAUCCUUUCCGACUACGCACGAGUUUCUAUCAUGGGUCCUGACGAAGACGACCUGGACCUUAUGGACCGACUUGAGAAAGACGAAAUGUCAGUUAUAGCGGAAGAGCGGGAGAAGUUUCGAGUUAUCAGCGACAAAUUGCAGGAGGUACUUACUAUGCUCCAUUCAUACGAAGGUAGAGACUCUUUUCCAGGAUGGAAGUACUGUAUCAAGAGAACAACAUCAGGAGUGCAUGACUCCUUCAUACUAGUCAGUCUACAGCAUCAAAACUGUAAUUUACUUAAAAUAAAUACGUUCCAUCCUAAUCCUUUCCCUCUCUCUCUCCUAACUCCAGAUGAACGGCCGCCGCAUCAACCAGGAGGGUUGGUACCAAACACAGCACGCUCAAGUCGUCGAAUGUAGUUUGAGGUCUUCCGAAAAGCUGGAUGAGAUGCUUCGCGUGCUAGAACCUUGUCCCAACAACUGCGGUGAGAGGGUCGACAAACUCUUCAAAGCAAGGCGUCGUUUGCAUCUGUAUCGGGAGUGUCGAGUGCAGGCAAGGCUGAAUAUGCUCAAUGCGGCAGGAGAUGUGAAGUUUCCGAAGAAAUAAGUAGUUGCAUUGUUCUGGUAUUCGGUAACCUGAGUUUGAUCCUAAGGGAGAAGAAGAAGAGAAUCCUUGUGAUCCAAUUAUCAGGUUACCAAAUACCAGAGCCAUACAGUAGUGGGAGCUUUUAAGAAGCUUUGCGUAGUUGAUGGUGUAUAAACUUUUUGUGGAAGUGGAGUGAGUGGAUCGUUCGAUUGAGAAGAACGAUGUAUCAAUGCACAGUGAAACUAAAAGUUCGACACGAGGACGAAUUAUGUUCGUGACACAUUUGACUGAUUUUAAUCGAAAACAACUUAUGCAUAGGGGUUCAUGUUCCAUGGGAAGACGAAAUUUGUCUUUGAUCAAGAUAUAACAUGACGAACGAUCUGAAACAUUUUUGACUGGGCAAUGAACUCUAUGCAAUCUGUAGAGAGUUUAGCCGUCACUAAGAAAUUGUAUUCAAGUUUUGGGAAUGUAAAGAAAGUAGAAUAGAUUAGUAGUAUAAGGUUUACAAGUUCGAAGAACCUUUUCGAAUCGCUAUACAUAGAUGCGAAACGCUAUAGAAGAGGAAGAGGCGCCAUGACAUGACAUUCGAGGAAAGCAAAAAGCAUGAUAUGCAUAUGCUGCGCAAAAUAGUCUUAUGAACUUCACCAAGUGGUUGUCACAGCCGUAUCUUCAGCUGAUAAUAACACAUUUUUCUUAACAAUAACAUGAAUGAAAGAACAUGAACAAAUUGCAGAGUGACGUAGUAGUAGACUUCUAGCAUAAAAAAAAUGAUGAUUCGUCCUAAUGUCAGGACUGGCAUCGCAACACUAAACGAUCUUCAAUGAAUGAGCAGACGAGAACGAAUAGCAUGAGCUGCCCAAAUUUUCGACAUUCAAUUCAAAGGAAUCCAGAUAAUGUCAACUGCAUGGAUUUUGAAACAGCGA